ACCUUUAACCGACCAAAGGAACCUUAACUUCCAGCGCGAUCAGAUCCUAAGCACGUUUAUUCAGAAGUAAACAAAUUGCAGGGAGUUCAGUGCUCUGGGGACCGCUGCUUUAGGUGGAUUCUGGAUCCGGCGCGGAUCAGAGGCCGGAAUUUUUUAUUUCAAAAUGCCUAGAUUCUGUCGAAAGCUGUAGGAUCUUAAACAAGGCAAGGCGUUUGCUUGGAAAGACCUUCCACCGACUGCCUUCGAGAUCCUUCCUUUGUGGACAGAAAGCUGAAAGACAAGCGCCUUCCUGGCCUCGGCAGGACGUCUGCACUUGGAAGCGAGCAGCUCCCUCGAAACCAGCGCCAUUUGCACCAGGGGUCGCGAGGGCGGGCGUCGAGGCUUGCGGGCCUGAGGGUCCCUCGCAGAGGGAAAAGACACUCGAGCCAAGCCAGCCCGAAGCGGGGCCUUCUUGGAAAGACCGGCCCUCGGAAUCGAGGGGAUCCACUUGCAAAGUCAACGCAAUAUUUGAAAGGAGGAGGGAGGGCUGUCAGAAGGCUGGUGGUUUGAGGCGCUUGUGGAUGGAGCAGGCUGGCUGCGAAACGAGAGAAAGAGAGAGGGGUUUAUUUAUUUAUUUAUUUGUGUGAGUGUGUGAGAGAGAGCGCUUUGCUUCAGGAUAUAAGAGUGGAAAUAGGAACGCGCCAUUCGAAGAGAGACCCUGCCUGCCCCCCCCCUUCCCCGCGUCCAGUUAGUCCCCUCCCUCCACUCGCACGCACCCGGCGCGCGCGCUCUCCUCGUCCCUCCAAUUCGAAUGUUAAUGGGGCCUGUAUUUGGCUGGUUUGGACGGCGCUGCCGCUGCCCUGAGCAGACCACGCAGACGUCACUGGGCGCGCUUUCCCCCUCCCCUCCGGCGGCUCUCAGCCUUUGCCUCGCCAGGAACUGACGAGCCCACUUCAGAGCUUCUUUCUCUAGCCCGGCUGCCGCCCGGAGGAGAAGCGGCGCCCGGCGACAGCUCCGCAGCGCAGCCGCCCUUCGCUAGCCCGGCGAAGCGACGGGAAGCGUUCUCCUCUCGCUCCGGUGGCCGUGAAGAGAGGCUUGGACAGGGAAGAGAGCCAGGGGAGGUGGACAUUUCUCUCUCUCUCUUUCUGGCGCGAAAGAAAGAAAGGAAAAAGAUCCCCUCAGGCUUGCUGGCGCACCAAGUGCCCAAGCGGCAGGUCUGCGUCGCCCACCGCCGAGAGCCGCUCGCUGCUGCCUCGAGGGGCGGGGCGGGCGGGAGAGAGCGACGUCCCCACACGCCCUGUGGCAACUCCGGGCUCUCUCUGAGGGAAACGGAUCCCCGCGGAGCCCUUCCUUUGGGAGCCGCUCUCCUUCCCGGCCGAGGGGCGCGGAAGGGGCUGGGGCGCGUGUGACGCACAAGGCAGACCAGUUUGGCCCGGAGGGGGGUCUAAAAUAAACACAGCAAGUACACACGUGUUAAGGGGGGCGGGGAGAGAGGCGGAGGGAAAGGAGCGAGCGAUUCCUCCCUGCCUUCCGGGCGAGCGAGCGAGUCCUCGGACGCCCGCCGAGCCGAGGUUCCCCGCCCGGGUGGCCGCCUGCUUCAUUCGAAGGCUGCGCUGAGGCGUAGCGCAGAGAGAGAGAAACGCCGACGUUCUCGGACGGCCAUCUCGCCAGCCCGUUUGAAGAGGGAGAGAGGAGGCAACCGGGCGCCGCCACCUCACGCUCCUCCCGGUCUGGGCUCGGGGGCUGGUGCUGCCCGCCGUCGGAAGGCCCAGGCGAAGUCCCUGCUCGCGGCCCGCCUGCAGCAGCCUCGCGGGCCCGAGACUAUGCCAGUGCCCGCCUCGCGUCCGCCUCGCCACACUUGCCGCUGCGAUGAAGGAGAAGUCCAAGAACGCCGCCAAGACACGUCGCGAGAAGGAGAACGGCGAGUUCUACGAGCUGGCCAAGCUGCUGCCUCUGCCGUCGGCGAUCACGUCGCAGCUCGACAAGGCGUCCAUCAUCCGCCUCACCACCAGCUACCUCAAGAUGAGAGCCGUCUUCCCCGAAGGUCUGGGAGACGCCUGGGGCCAGCCGAGCAGAUUAGGCCCCUUGGAUAAUGUCGCGAAGGAGCUGGGCUCGCAUUUGCUUCAGACUCUGGAUGGGUUUGUUUUUGUGGUAGCAUCUGAUGGCAAAAUAAUGUAUAUCUCAGAAACUGCUUCUGUUCAUCUGGGUUUAUCACAGGUGGAACUCACCGGUAAUAGUAUUUAUGAGUAUAUACAUCCAUCAGACCAUGAUGAAAUGACAGCGGUUCUAACAGCUCACCAGCCUCUUCAUCCUCAUCUCUUACAAGAGUAUGAAAUAGAGAGAUCUUUUUUUCUGCGAAUGAAGUGUGUUUUGGCCAAACGGAAUGCAGGACUAACAUGUAGUGGUUACAAGGUGAUCCACUGCAGUGGCUAUUUGAAGAUACGUCAGUACAUGUUGGAUAUGUCUUUGUAUGAUACCUGUUACCAAAUUGUGGGGCUGGUUGCUGUAGGUCAAUCAUUACCUCCGAGUGCAAUCACUGAGAUCAAACUCCAUAGUAACAUGUUUAUGUUCAGAGCAAGCCUAGAUCUAAAACUGAUAUUUCUAGAUUCAAGAGUGACUGAAUUAACUGGAUAUGAGCCACAGGACCUGAUAGAGAAAACUCUCUACCACCAUGUGCAUGGAUGUGAUGUAUUUCAUUUACGAUAUGCUCACCAUCUUUUGUUGGUGAAAGGACAAGUCACAACCAAGUACUAUCGGUUGCUGUCAAAGAACAGUGGCUGGGUUUGGGUCCAGAGCUAUGCCACGAUUGUACACAACAGCCGCUCAUCACGACCUCACUGCAUAGUGAGUGUUAAUUAUGUUCUAACAGAUAUAGAAUAUAAGGAACUCCCAUUAUCAUUGGACCAGGUCACCAUUUCUAAAUCACAGUUUCCAUGCAGAAACUCAGCGUCUACCUCACAAGAAACAAGAAAAGCAACAAAACCUAGAAGUAAUAAAAUGAAGACAAAACUCAGAACAACGCCAUAUCCACAACAGCAAUACAGCUCCUUCCAGACAGACAAACUGGAAUGUGGCCAGGUUGGAAGCUGGAGAUCCAACUCCACAGCAAAUUCUGCCACCAUCCAAGAACAAGCCUUCCAUUCAGAAAACAGCGAACUUUUAUACACCCCAUCGUACAGCUUACCUUUCUCUUACCAUUAUGGACACUUCCCUGUAGACCCUCAUGUAUUCAGUAGCAAAAAACAAAUGCUGCCUUCUAAAUUUGGGCAAUCUCAAGGAACACCUUGCGAAGUAGCUCGAUUUUUCUUAAGUACUUUGCAGACAAGUGGAGAGUGCCAGUGGCACUAUGCCAAUUCUCUUGUUCCAGGAGGCAGUCAGUCACCAUCGAAAAGUCCUUCCGAUCAGUCAGCAAGCAGCGUACGCCAUAAUCUCUUACAGAGUUAUGAAGUGCCACUACCAAACAGAAGAUAUAGCCAAGACAGUACAUCUGACAGCUUUGCAAGCUGUGCCACCCUAGCAGCAAAUAGCAGAUACAAAGAAGAGAGCUAUGAUUCCACCAUUAUAAAGCACAGCAACAAAAUGGAAAGCCGAAUAUAUCCAGCACAUCAUCAUCUCAUUAAAGAAGAAAAUAAGCUAGUUUUCAAUAGAGGUGUACAAGAUAAAAACAACUUAAGUGAAAAGCCCUUUUCGAACUCCUUAGCCAACUCUUUUUUGUCAAAAUCUGAAUGUUUCCAAACUAAAUCUAUUGGACAGUUAAAUCACCUUCUCCCAGUUCCAACAGUAUAUGAACAAACAAGAAGAAUUUGUAUGAAAGAACCAAAAUUUGAGCACAUUGCCCAUCAUGCUGCAAAUCUAGGUGAGAUGGAACCUGAUGACAGAAUGACCGGAAAGUUUGAUCAUGACUCUGAAAACGACCACACUGUGGAUGUUAGGCAUGCAGGGCAAGUUCCAUUUGUACUUCUCAACUACCACCGGGUUUUAGCCAAACAUGGCACAUUUCAAACUUCUUCGUGUACUGCCACAGGACAUGUAGCAGAGAAUUAUGGGCACAGUUCUGAGGAAGUAAACAUGUUUUACAAAAACCAAAGUCCUUCAUCAGCCUCUUCCCCUGAGGCUCACAAGGAGCCUGCACUUCCCCAUUAUAUUGGAACGUCUGUAAUAAUAGCCAAUGGAAGGUGACAGUAAUAGAAAGCUGUGGUAUAUAAAAUAAAUAAAUAAAUAAAUAAACUGGAAUAGUUCCCCUGAAGCAUGAGGAUACAUGGUUGCACUUAGUGAGCAUGGUUUAAAAUCAGUGGGACAAACUUGCAUGCAUUCUUGGCAAGCCAUGUGUAACAGUACCUUUAAGGUCAAGGGGAAAAAAUUACUGGUAGCUUCAGUGCUUUGUUGUUCCAGAUUAAUCUCUGCAGUUGACUCUGCUAGUAAGAAGCCAUGUAACAGAUCAUAUUUUUGUUAUUUUUACAGUAUAUAAGUUAAAUUAUAAGAGUUUAUGUGCUGAUACAUAGUGACUUUGUUUUCUUAAAAAAUACAAUCCCUCAAUUAUUUGAAAAUUAUAGAUCACUUAACAAACGGACAGUCUGGUAAGAGACAGUAAUUACCAGUUAUUUGUGAUAGUCUCUGUUUAACUGCCGUCCAAUGCAUUACCUUGGGGACAUGCAUUUAGGAUUUCAAUCCCUGAAAUUAAACCAUUUUUUUUAUUCAUGUGGCUUGGAUAUAUAUUACUCAAGGCAGUAUAGAAUUGCCAGGCUGCAUGGCUACUAUGCAUCUUUAGAAAAUGAAAAUCUACUUGCCCAAUAAGCUUGGAGAUAACUACCAAAGAGCUGCUGAUUGUUACACUGUAGGGGGGAAAAAAAAUCAAAGCAUCUAUUUGAAAAUGGAAGACAAAGGUUUUCACUGUUUCAAAUACACUUUCCAUUUAGAAUAUAUCCCAAACUGUAUUUGUUGCCAGCCAAAGAGGAGUGAAGUUGCAUUCUCUUCAUUUUGCUCUGUCAAUGAGACUUCAAAUCAUUUCUGUUUGGUGGAUUUACGUUUUUAGCCCAGCCAGUUUUAGCAACUUUUAUGGUUAAGAUAUGAUAAAAUACAUUCACCAACUGCACUAAUGAUUAGAUGAGAAUUCUCAGGCACUUACAUUUUAUUUUGCAUUUUUCGUAGAGCACGUAGUAUAUUCAUCUUUGGCUUUGUAAUGUUUAAUCUGGAAGUUGAGGCAACCCAAGUACCUGCAAAGAUUUAAUACCAUAAAUAUAUAGCUCUCCUGUGUUCCAGUUUUCUGUGGUUUAAUAAAAUCAUAAGCAAUAGCACAAAAGAAUACACAUGCAAAGUUGUUUGUGCUAUCCAGUUAAAUGGGGGAAGCUCUUGUGUACAUGUGGUGGGUGUGUAUACACAUGAAGGUUGUUUUGCACACUAGGAGUUACAAGAAUGUGGUUGUCAUUUUAACAUAACUAAUAAACCAUUUAUCAUCUUACUCAAUCACAGAACAGAAGGCACCCUAAUAUGUAAAAAGCUUAUGUAUAAAAAUGAUUGGCAUUAAAGAACAUUAACACUGGAGUCAGACGUAUAUUUUAAUUUGACUAGUUUUUCUUAGCUUUGCUGAACUCUGAGUUACAUCAAAAACUUCUAAAAUGUCCCUCAGACAAGUGAAGUUUUCAUUAGAAGCAUGGAAGAACUUCUGGAAGCAAAUAACAGUUUUGCCGUUGUUUUGAGUAUAGACAGAACCAAUUUAAGAAUAUUUCUCCAAGAAAUAAUAUAUAAUUUAACUUGUGCAAUAUGGAAAACAGCUUUGAUUGCACCUUUUCAAAUCUCAACUAAGUUGAAAGGUAAUGAGGACAUUUUCUUAAACUAUUUUUCUGCAUUUAGACGCAGCAAUACAAUCCAUUUCCUUGUCUAAUUUUAUAAGGCUAUUUGUUACUGUAAGGAAAUAAGCUUUUCAAAAGUGAUUGGUUGUGCUCAGUAUUGCCCUAUUUAAAGUUAACCAUUGUGAGCAUGCACAUUUUUUAGUAGUGCCAAAGCAGUGUACAUUAGAAUUCAGACUUAACCUGUGCCUUGAGUUGAAGCCAAUAGUUCCCAAAAUGUAAAAAUAGGCUUCUCCCAUAGGUGCUAGGCACCUUGCCUUCAGCCCAUUGUUCACCAUGACUAAUAUGUUUCAUCUCUAGUGCUUUCUUGCACAUGUUUGUUUGUUUGUUUGUUUGUUUGAAUGGCCUUGUUCAUUCCCUCUUGUGCUUGAUCUUUCAGGCUGAGAAAAAAGUGUGUGCUUCCAGGUGAACUGGCUACCAUUCUUUGGUCAUAGUUACUUUUGGAUAAAUGCUUAGAGUAUUUUAUGAAUUGGAAGGCUCAAAAUUGCAUUAUUUUGAAUGGUUGUUAAGAUAAAGGGAACUUCACAUUUACAGUUUGGGCUCUAGCCUCAUCUUUGUAAUAUUCACCACACUGCACUAAGAGGUGUCUGACACAUCCUUUGCACAGUGCUAAUUGUUGUAGAACACAUUUCAAUACCUUGACUACAAAAAGCUGCUGCUUGGUGGUGUGUCUUCUAGACAUAAGGAUAAGGGAUCACUGUGUACAUGAAUAUAAGAUCCAAACUGCACAUGUGAAAUCCUUGGUUGAAUUCAGAUUUAAAGGUAGUGUUUGACUGUAUAUUAUUCAGUUUGAGUUUAAAUGGUUUGGAGCUUGUGGUUUAAUUCAGUACUCCCAAGUCAGGAUGAAUAUUUUAGGAAGUAAGAUUGCCUGGAUUUUUUUGAGGGGGGGCCAUUAAGAUAAAAAAAAAUUUAGAAAGGAGGGUGAAAACACAAGCCCUAAUCCACACAUCACUUGCAAGUAAAACACACACCUAGUACAAACUGCAAAUAAGGCUCCUGUUUGUAAUUCUGAAAAUCCAUCAUUGUUUGUGUGUUCAUCAAAAUCGCAUCCUUUGCUGAUAGCUCAAGUGUUAAGAACAUGCAUAAAUUAUCUGGGCAACAAACUUGCCAGAGACUUAAUUUUAUAGUUAAAUUGGACUAAUGUACUUAGAAGGAUGGAAGUGAACUUUCCCCCCUAACAGCCAAACAAAAAUAUCCUUCCAGAUGCCCAAGGUAAAUUCUGUGAAUGUUGAUACCUUUUCUGAUGUAAUUGAUAUUGCUGAAAACAGCAGCAGCACUCUUAACUUGUCUUCAUAGAAAGGAGCUUUUGUGAAUGAUCUUAUCAUGAUGUCAUUACACAAUUCUAUUGCCAGAUGCAAGUUUGUUUACAGUCUUUCAAAGUGUUCAUGCAGAUGUAAUCCUGAAAGAAUACAUUUAUGCCAAAUAACAUUUGUUUAUUUUGCUACGUGAAAAAAAUGUAUUCCCCAAUGAGAUACAGGCAAUUAGCUGACUCAUAAAAAGAAAUCUGAUACACAACUGCAGUGUAGCAUACUUACUUUAUUUUCUUCAGAGUGACUGUAUAUAUGCUAAGCCUCCUUCACUUUGUAAGAAAGAAAAUAUUUCUGAAAAGAACACUUUUUAAACUGUUCAAUUGCCCAGUGUCAUUUAGGUAAUGCUGUUGACGAUAAGCAGUUUCAAAUAAUUAACAACCUGCCACUAGCACAAUGUAUAAAUUACCUUAGGCAUUUUAAAGUCCUAUCCACAGAGGGGACUCAAGGAUGCACAUGCCUGCUCUGGCCCUUCACUUCUGAUCUUCCUGGGAAGGCCUGAAGAGGACUUGUAAGCACAU